GAUAUGCGUAUUAUUCAGACAUUCUGUUCACAUUAUAGUGCCCAUUUAGUUACCAAAGAAACCGCUGAAGAGGGUACCUUUAUCAAGAGUUAUCUGACAGAUCUAAAAGACCCCUAUCACUGGAUCGGACUGACGGACGAAAUUAUUGAGGGAGAAUGGAAAUGGCAAUCUAAUGAUUCUACAUCAAAUUAUACAGACUGGUAUCCGGGUCAGCCAGAUGGACUUAAAGGUGCAAACUGUGCGUGCAUCUUUGGCAAUAGGUGCUAUCAAUGGCUUGAUGUACCGUGUACCAGUAAAUACAGACCACUUUGUGAAAUCCCGUCAAAUGGAGAAACAAUAAUUGUCGGCUGAUAGAUUGUAAACAUGCUGGUCAUUUUAUGUCGUUUUUUUUUAAUUUAAGGAAUACAGAGAAAUAAAUAUGUUUUUUCGUUUUCUAAUUUUGUUUUUGCUGUAAGAAUUUAACAAAAAUUCUGUAAAAGUAUGCAAAUGGAAAAAACUACGUCAUUCUGUAAUGCAUUUUCUGGUAUGUCUAGUACGUGAAGGUUUAUCUACAGUGCUGUUCAGCUCGGAGGAUAACUCGUAGAGAAUGUAUUUCAGUUUUCGUUAAA